AGAGAGAGAGAGAGAGAGAGGGUGAGGGAAAGAGGGAGAGUAAAGAAAAAGGAGAUCCAAAGCAAGAAGCACACACUUUUUUUCUGGAAGAGGGAGAGAGAGACAAAGACGCAAUUCUAUUUAUGUAUGAUUUGUAGCCUUUUUUAAAACACUGCAUGCUUCUGACACCAGUGUCAGGUUGGGGGGCUGGUUGUGUGUGUGCGUGUAUGUUUUUUGUUGUGUGCAUCGGUCUGUCGCUGGGUGUGUGUGUGAGGGGAAGCCGGGUUCCCGGCCUCCGUGUCCGUCUGGUUUAAAGGGAACAGAAGGGAACAACACAAAGCUAGGGGCUGAAUGUCGCUGCUACUGGAGAUUUGCUGAACUAGCCUGCCUUCGCUGCUCUGCUCUGCCCUAGAUAACUAACACAACACACCCUCUGGAUAUUACUACUACUUAAUCAGCACCUCUCAGCCUAACCCUGAACACGGAGGUGCAGACAGACAGAGAGACAGAGAGACAGAGAGACAGAGAGACAGAGGUGUGGUAAUAUGCUGAAGCUCUACAACGUCCCUGCCACUGACCAGGCUGAAGACGUGUGAUACAGGGCUGAAGAGAUCCCAGAGAUGAUUGGCUGUAGAAGCUGAGACUUGACGAGACAGCGGAUCUUGAAUUAGGUGCUAUUCUGAAAGCCUAACAGGCUGUAUAGUAUUGGUGUUGAAGACAGGUGUGUAGUCUUCCCUUGGUCUUUGGUGUGUGGCCUUCUCUGUGCUGCAGUGGAGGGCUUCACAGACACAGCUACUGUGGCUGGAUGCAUCACGCAGUAGAGCAGUUUGGUGGGCGUGGCACACGGGACUCCUUCCCUCUGGAAGGACUCAGCCGGGUACCAUGGACUCCCGUGGGUAACCGCGCCACCUGGGCGCAACCUGCCAGGUUUUCGCCAGGUGUCAAUCAAAACCAGCUCCUCCCCCAUCUAGCGCCAAGUCACAUGGGCGGACUGAACCAUCCCAGUAAAUUCUUCAAUAAUGGGCCCAUCCAGGUUCGUGGUGGGGAAAAGCUGGAGCUGUCCCAGGCCAUGUUACCUAGCCUCCAGAGAGGGGACCAGCAACGCCCCCCUCCUCCCCCCCACCGGGCGUGGGAGCAGUUGGGUCAGCUGUAUGACUCCCACCCCCCUCAUUCACUUGUACCCCUACCCGGCGACCACGCCCCCCGUCUGCACAGCGGUGGAUACAGCACUAGGCCUCCUACCCACCUGCCUUCCAGACCCAAUCAGCUACUGAAGUAUGAGGGUCCUCAGGAGCACCAUGUUCCCAGGGGUCCAGCAUCACUGGGUGAUAUGUGGUCUCAGGUACAGCAGCAGCAGAGGGGUUACCCAGGGAAAAUGCAGGGGGGGCAGCUGAAGAGGCCGGCCCCCCCUCUCGGGGAGCACUCGGUCAUCCAGCACACCCCGCCCCCCUCCCUUCACCCCUCCUCUCGCCCCAAUGAGGACUGCCCCAGUCCGAGCAAGAGGAAGAGGAAGAGGAGUUCUGAGCAGAUUCCUCACCCCAGCAUCCAGAGGUUCUCUGGCCCAGGAGGACAGCAGCAGCCCCCGGCCCACCUCCCCCCUCCCCCAUCCAAACCUGCCUUCUGGAACCCCAUACACAAGGGGAACGCCCCCUGGGCCCAGCCCGAACGCAGGAACGGGCCUCCAGAGUUCCAGAUCAGACCUGACUCAGCCAAGUCGGGUCUGGGCGGCUACACCUACAAACCUCCCCCUCCCUCCGCCCCUUCGCCAAUCUCCCCAACCCGCAUCUCCUCCCCGGGAGACUACCCCCAGGGGCGCGGAGCCCCCCACCCACUCCACAAGCCCCAGUUCCCACCUCAGGCCCUCAAUCAACCCCCCCACAAUAACCACCCCCAGUACCCCAAACAACCAGCUCUAGCCCCGCCUCUCAUGGGGAUGGAGUCCCGGGGAGGUCCUCCUACCCCCCAGAGAGGCCUUACCACUGGGGGCCGAGGAAUCAACAACCAUCCCCCCUCUCAUCCUCCUCACCACCAAGCUCUAGCAAGGGGGGACAGUAGAGGAGACCGGGACAGUAGGGAGCCCCCCCAACCCUCACCAGCAAACCACACUGGCGUGCCUUACAACCCCCACCCUCACUUCCAGCCCCACACGGGGCUGGGGCACAUGGCCCCCCGCCCCUCUGACCCUGCCUGCAGCACCGCAGUACCUCCGCAGCACAACCCCACCACCCCACACCAUGAGGCGUGGAGGCCCCAGGGCCAGGGGAGGCCACAAAGCAACCACCCCCUGGAGUCAGGUCUCUACAGGGCAGGGCCGGUAUCUCAGGGGCAGCAUCAGAACCAGGUCGGGGAGACCCGGGGUCCUGCACCCCUCCAGCAUCAUCAGCACCCCCGCCCCCACGUCAGCCCCCCUCUGGCCUCCCCCAUAACUCCUACCAGGACGCCAGUCAUCACCCCCACCUUCACCCCCCAUCCCCCCUGCUCACAGUCACAUAACAACCGCUACAGUAGUAGUAUGACUGGACCUGCACUCUCCACUGUGACCACAGCGCCCCCUGCUGUGUGUUCAGCUAACAACAUCCCCAGCAGCAGGAGAGUCAGGGAGACGAUGGGAAUGCUCCACCAGACCUCAGUUCCAUCUCAGCUGGAGAGGGACCCAGAGAGGGGGCCCAUCCACCCCAUGCUACACCCAGGGUAUCAGGGAGCCCGCGUGGGCACUGCCAGCCACCCUCACCCCCAGCGGGCACCACCCAGGCCCCAGCAGCAGCCUAGCCACCACCACCACCACCAGUCUGUCCAGGGGAAGGGUUACUACGGACGGCCUGAGCCUGAUCGCACUCCUUCCUCUUCGUCAUCAUCCUCAGGACACCAGAGGGCAGGGGAGAGCGUUAUCACCAGCAGAGGGUCUCAACCCAACCCCCUCCCGCAGAUGGCGGUCACUAGCUCGCCCCGUGACCGCACCAUGACCGCCCCCCAACCCCACACGGUCAACUCUGCCCCUCAGCCAGGCUCCAAUCCCUCUUACUCCAGACUCUGUGCCCAGUCUACACCCCAGCCCCCCCAGGCUACCACCACCUCAGCCCAGGGGUAUCUUAACUCUCGACCCCAGCCACCACCACCCUCAGCCCCCCAGUCCAUGGAGGAGGCCCUGGAUAAACUGGAUGCUGAGCUGCAGGGUCAUAUGCAGGCUGAAGAGAGGAGAAUGGACUGGGAGAGAGAGCAGGAGGAGAGGAAGAGGAGGGAUUGGGAGAGAGAGCAGGAGGAGAGGAAGAGGAGGGAUUGGGAGAGAGAGCAGGAGGAGAGGAAGAGGAGGGAGUGGGAGAGAGCAGAAGAGGAGAAGAAGAGAAAUAAGGAAUGGGAAAAAGAGCAGGAAGAAAGGAAGAGGAGGGACUGGGAGAGAGAGAGGGAGGAAGAGGAGAGGAAGAAAAGGAGAGAGUGGGCGAGAGAGGAUGAGGAGAGGAAGAGGAGGAUGGAGAGGAAGGAGGAGAUGAGCAGGAGCAGUAAGGGGAGAGAGGAGUCCGCCAUCGAGAGUCUGGAGAGACUCCUGUCAGGCAGCACUUCUUCUGCCCCACCUCCUCCUCGCCUGUCCACUGUCUCCACCUCCUCCUUUGUCCUACCUCUACCCCCACCACCCACCAGCCAGUCCUCCCCCUCGCCCCCCUACCCCUGGCUGAGCCGGGCCGGGGCACCCCCUUGUCCCCCAGGCCAGGCACCACCGUCUCCCGCUCCCCUGGAGAGGUCGCAGCCGCCCCCUCUCACCCCCCAGACGGAGUAUGCCAGGGAGAAGCAGAGGCAGAGGGAGAAAUGGAGUGGGAGUCCCCAGUCAUCAUCUCACAGUAGUAACGUUACCUCAGGGAACAACGCCCAGUCCUCGUCGGGGCCCUCCUACCCUAACAACCCCUCUGCUGUUACCUCUUACCCCAACCACCCCUUAAAUAACACCACCAUGCGAGGCACCCCCAGUCCACCCAAAGACACUCUCCGACCCAAGGAGAAAGCUAGUCGGCAGGCCAGAGGAGGAGUGAUGGGGGCUACGGGUCCCCUCCACAGCUCCAUCAGCAUCACCCUCCGAGAGCCCCCCAAACUCUUCCAGGCUUUCCCCAGGGACAGCCUUUCGUCCUCUACCAACCCCUCCAGAACCACCAGCAGCACCUCCAGCACAGGGGGUCUCCUCCACAAGCGCAUGCCCAGCGGAGGCCUAGGCAGCCUGGGUAGCAGCGCUAGCAGCAGCAGCAGCGGAGACUCGGACAGCGCCCAGUUUGAGGAGGAACCAUCGGAGCUGUCUACGUUACUCCCGGACGGUCUGGCCAACAUCAUGGCCAUGCUGGAUGAGUCCAUCAAGAAAGAGGAGGAAUCUUUCUAUAGCAGCGACCGAAACGUAGCUAGAGAAAACAACACCUUCUCUGAUACCGUGCCACCGGACAAGAGCUACCUAUGCGCCCCGGACCUCAUUCCGGCGCCCAAGCAGCAACCGCAGGACGACUUUGUUGGGGCGAACCUCCACGCCAGCCCCCCCGUGCUGAGCCGACAGGGCUCCCUGGCCUCCCCCUGCAGUCGGACCUCCUCCCUCAACGAGGAAGAGGAGGGUUGUCCCACCCCGAAACCCGCACCGGAGCUCCACAAGCCAGCCGUCCCUCUCAACCCCAACCCCCAGUCAGGGACUAACUACAGCCACAGCGACCUGGCUAAACUCUACGGUCUCCCGGAGCCCGCGAAGAGCGAGUGCGACGACGAAGAUGAGGAAGAGGAGUCGGAGACCCCGUCCAGUUCCCCUCCCCCGCCCCAGAGGCCCCACCUCCACCAGACGGGGGUGAGCAGCACCUUCAAGUCCCCGGCCGCCCUGGAGAACCAGAAGUACACCUACAGAGGAGGUCCAUUUGGCCGCCCGCCCCCCUCCGCUCUGGGGGGACUGAAGUACUCCUCCUCCCUCUCUCUGGGUCCCGACAUCCAACAGCAGCAGAAUAGCACCUCCCCCACCUCCGAUUCCACCAAUCACCCGGGCUUUACACCGCCCCGAAAGUCCCGCCCACACUCACCCUCCAACUGGGAGGCCAAGAGACGGGUCAAUAUCAAGAUGGAGGCGCCUGAUAUCUGGAGAGAUGGGAGGGAGGCCACGGAGAAGAGGAUCCAUUCCUUAAAGUCACAUUUGAAUCCCUCCACACAAUCCAUCAAGAUGGAGCCGAAAGAAGAGAUGAAGCUCACUACCAUCUCUGAGUCUUCUCUAGCCGAGCUGGGACGGAGCUGUGAGGUCUCCCUGACCCGGCACUCCAAUUCCCUCCCCAGCAACAACACCUCAGACAGGACCAAGACUGAGCUGAAACACGAGGACAGGCACCACAAGCCUGAGAGAGAGUGGGAACGAGACAGAGAGAAGGACAGAGAGACUGAGAAGAAGAGGAAACACGGCAGCAGCAAGAAACACCAGGACAGGAAAGAGAGGAAGAAAAAGCACCGAGAGAAACGAGAGGAGAUGUCCUCCUCCCAUUCCAGUUCCAAAUGGCACAAGGAGGGCAAAGUUCACAAGGAGAAGAAGGAGCACCUGCGGAUCCUUGGGAGCCUGGACCUCCAGAGCAAGGAGAUCCGGGAGAAGGACCGCGACCACAUUCACGCUGACAUGGAGAGAGACCGGAAGAGGAGGAAACAGGCUGGUGGCACUAGCGGAGACGAACCCUCAGAAUGGGCGUCCCAUAGUAGAAGUGAAAAAAGUUCUGGUGUCAUGUCCUCUUCUCAGGGCAGUGAGGUUGGAUCGACACUGCAGGGUUCGGCUGCUGACUUCAUGAAGCUGAAGGCCCUGUCGGACGGGCCGCCCAAGGAGCUGAAGGCCCUGUCGGACGGGCCGCCCAAGGAGCUGAAGGCCCUGUCGGACGGGCCGCCCAAGGAGCUGAAGGCCCUGUCGGACGGGCCGCCCAAGGAGCUGAAGGCCCUGUCGGACGGGCCGCCCAAAGAGCUGAAGGCCCUGUCGGACGGGCCGCCCAAGGAGCUGAAGAUCAGGCUGAUCAAGGUGGAGAGUGGAGACAGAGAGACGUUCAUCGCCUCGGAGGUGGAGGAGAAGGGGACACCGCUGGAGGAGAUCACCAUAAACAACACAGCCGCAGAGGUCAUACGGGCCUGCAAGGGUGCGAGGGUGAAAGGGAAGUUCAGAGAGUCCUACCUGCUCCCUGCAUUCUCUGUCAAGCCCCUGUUUACUACAGAGCCCAUCCCACGGGAGAAACUCAACCCUCCCACACCAAGCAUCUAUCUGGAGAGUAAGAGAGAUGCCUUAUCCCCAGUACUACUGCAGUUCUGUACAGACCCCAAGAACCCUGUUACUGUCAUCAGAGGACUGGCCGGGUCCCUACGACUCAACCUGGGUCUGUUCUCCACUAAGUCUCUGGUGGAUGCUAACUCUGAGCAUGCUGUGGAGGUGAGGACCCAGGUACAGCAGCCUGCUGAUGAGAACUGGGACCCCAGCGGCACGGGGCAGACCUGGCCCUGCGAGAGCAGCCGCUCACACACCACCAUCGCCAAGUACGCCCAGUACCAGGCCUCCAGCUUCCAGGAGAGCCUCCAGGAGGAGAAGGGGAGUGAUGAAGAUGAUGAUAUCGAAGAUGAGGAAGACAAAGAGAAGAGUAAGGAGACUAGCUCUGAGACGUCUAACAAAGACCCCACAAGCAAAGACGCUACCAGUACCGAGCUGAAACCAGUGGGGAAGAUCAUCAAGUUUGGCACCAACAUUGAUCUGUCAGACCCCAAGAGGUGGAAGGCCCAGCUGCAGGAGCUCCAGAAGCUACCAGCCUUCAUGCGCGUGGCGUCCAGCGGCAACAUGCUGAGCCACGUCGGUCACACCAUCCUGGGAAUGAACACUGUCCAGCUCUACAUGAAGGUCCCCGGGAGCCGCACGCCUGGCCACCAGGAGAACAACAACUUCUGCUCUGUCAACAUCAACAUUGGGCCUGGAGACUGCGAGUGGUUCUCCGUGCACGAAAACUACUGGCCGGCCAUCGACGACUUCUGUGAAAAGCAUGGAGUAGACUACCUGACCGGUUCCUGGUGGCCUGUUCUGGAGGACCUGUACCGAUCCAACAUCCCUGUGUACCGCUUCAUUCAGAGACCAGGAGACCUGGUGUGGAUCAACGCAGGGACCGUCCACUGGGUCCAGGCUGUGGGCUGGUGCAACAACAUAGCAUGGAACGUGGGACCACUCAACUCCUACCAGUACCAGUUGGCCCUGGAGAGGUUUGAGUGGAACGAAGUGAAGAAGGUCAAGUCCAUCGUCCCCAUGAUCCACGUGUCCUGGAACGUGGCCCGCACCGUGAAGGUCACCGACCCAGACACAUACAAGAUGAUCAAACACUGCCUGCUGCAGUCCAUCAAGCACAUCCAGGUUCUGCGAGACCAGCUGGUGACCGCAGGGAAGAAGAUCUCCUACCAGAGCCGGGUGAAGGAUGAGCCAGCCUACUACUGCAACGAGUGUGACGUGGAGGUGUUUGACCUGCUGUUUGUGACGUCUGAGAGCGGCAGCAGGAAGACCUACGUGGUCCACUGUGAGGACUGUGCCCGCCAGAGGAAUCCCAGCCUCUCCAACAACGUAGUGGUGUUGGAGCAGUACCGCAUGGAGGAGCUAAUGAGUACCUACGACACAUUCAACCUGGCUGCAGCGCCCAGUUCACGGUGAUGAAGAUCCUCCACGUCUCGCAGCCAUAACCAAAACUCCUGCCAGACGGGACUGAACACACCUUUUAAAAAGUCUUUUAACCUUUUUUUCCUUCCUUAUUUAAGAUAUUUUUUACUACUACUGCCGAUCAAAGCAGCCAAUCGAAAACCAGUUUACUACUCAUCAUCCCUGUUUACAAAACCAAACCGCCAAUCAAACUCCAGUUGUUGUCUAUGGUGCUCAAGACCAGCUUACUGGUUUCUGGAGGACUUGAAAAAACGGAAAGGCAGUUGGUGCUAGCUACCGUUGUAAACAAGCAACUGAGUUGACGGUUGUUAUCAAUGGCAUGAAUUUUUGUUAUUUCCGGAUUUCUUAAAACAAAUUGUCGUCUUGAAUACUGAAAUGUGUAAAUGCUGUUUGUAUUUUUUUGUGGGGUGCUGUUUUCUAAAAUAAUUUAUUUUCCUUUUUUUUUUUAAGACUAGAUCAGCCUAGAUAUAUACCACAUUGGCCUUGUGACUUGUAUUUAGAAGAUAACUAAGAUGGAAAAUACUAAUAAUAGAGAGACGACAUUUUUCUAAAAGCAUUAAGAAUAAGAAGAGCCAUUUUUGGGGGGGUUUGGAAUGCUUCGAAACAUACGGGUUUUAAAGACAAUUUUGUUUUUUAGUUCUUGUCUUUCUGACUCUUGUAUGUGUUGUAAAUUUUGUGUUUUUACAAAUGUAUAAUGUUUAUUUCCUUAGGAGAGAGAAAGAAGGCAAUUGUCACACCUCUUUAGGACAUCAGGUCUUUGUUUUAAUGAAUUGUUUCCAUUUUUCAUCGUGAUAAUAUUUCAGUUUGUGUAAUAAUUAAUUGUGUUGUACCUCUGAUUUUGUUUUGAGUAUUUUUUUUACAUACAGAUUUGGGGGGGGGUGAUUUUACAUUGUACAUUGUUCUUUUUUAAUUUAAAAUGUGUCUCGUAUUUAUUGGCUGUCUAUGUUCUCCCCUUGUUUUUAUUAGGGUUGUACAAGUUGUGAAAGUUUUUUUUAUGGUGAUUCUAAGUCCUCUGUAACAACUGUGUCACAGGAGGACAAUGUUUUCUCUGGUGCUUCUGGUUCCAAUAUAUAUAAAUGAUAUUUCUAAUGAAUAUAACUUACACCUUCCCCUGUAGUUGCUAGGAUACACAGCCAAGGUAGAAAAUUGACUAACGGAAUACUGUCUUUGUAAUGCGUGAAAAAAACAACUACAUUUUCUGUACAUUUUUUUUUUUAAAUUUAUCGGAGAAAUCGUCAUUUUGUUUUUCAUCCUUUUUAGGGGCCUUUAGAUUAAAAAAUGUUAUCUGUUGGAGUAUUGACAGUUCUCUGAUGAACAAUUUCUUCUUUUUCAUCCUUUUUAAGAUGAGAAUUCUAUUUUUCCUGUUCCAAAAUACCUUUUAAUUCAUUUUAAACUGCACUGUUUAGAGAAUUCACAGACACACACACACACACACACACACACACACACACACACACACACACACACACACACACACACACACACACACACACACACACACACACACACACACACA